CAAUCCGGCUCGCCCCUGUUCAGACUGUUGCCAGCAGAAGUGCGCAACCAAAUCUUUGCCCUUGCUCUCACCGACUACGAGGAUCCUUCCCCAGACAAUCACUAUGAUAACAAUACCUGCUUCACGCGGCCUUCAUACUUUGCGCCGCGCAAGACGGACACAACCCUACUACGUACCUGUCGAGCUGUCUACCGCGAGUGCAGAUUCCUACCCUUCAUGUUGACCGAGCAGCUGCACUGGCUCUCCUUUGAUGAACGUGCGCCUCCAGAGUACGAUGUCGACACUGCCGUGGACAAGCUGCACGCCACAGCUAAGGAGAUCGCCCAGCAGAUGGGCCAGGAACAAGUCCAGAUCGAGGGCAUCAGAGCGUUUCCUCAGAUGUUCAAGCUGGAAGCGGGUGACUUGGAAAGACUCCUGAGGACGCCUUACAUGGACCCCAAGAGACUCACGAUCACGAUUCGACACGCAGACUGGUGGUAUUGGGAGGAUGAUGCACCACUUCGCUUCGAAGGGUCCUGGAUUAGGGACGUGUGCGACGAACUGUCUCCCAGCCUGAACGAGAUAUGUAUCGAGAUGGAGACUCUGGAGCGCAAGAAGCGCCAGGUUGAUCGCAUCGCCAAGAUGAUGAUUGAGCGCUGGUUCUUUAAGAAGCCAGACGGAACCGUUCUCGUUGCCGACACAAAGGGGUCAACCAGACAGGAGAGUCGGUGGAGGGGAACCAGCCGUUGGCACAACAAGAGAUGGGUUCGUGAUGAAACGGAGGAGGGCGUCAUCGACUACUACAUUGUGUCUGUGACGUUCCGG